UCCAGUGUCAGUGGAUGUAGGUUGGGUUAGCGAGCUAACGUGGCUAACUAUGACAGAAAAGGGACAGGAUGAAGGUGCGGCUAGCGUACUGUUUUAAAGCUGUAGUGGCGGAUGAUCAUCUGGCCCAGCUGCCACGUAACCUGCUAGGUCGUUAAUGGGGCUUGUCUAACCUUAGCAGCCUAGCCAGUUACAACCUGUGGAUCCACUAUGGCAGAUGAUGAUUUCUCCACUGCUGAUGCUGGGGCCUCUACAACAUACCCAAUGCAGUGCUCUGCACUGAGGAAGAAUGGCUAUGUCAUGCUGAAAGGACGUCCCUGUAAGAUAGUUGACAUGUCUACCUCCAAGACUGGCAAGCAUGGACAUGCAAAGGUUCACCUUACUGGACUUGACAUCUUUACUCAGAAAAAGUAUGAAGAUAUCUGCCCGUCUACCCACAACAUGGAUGUUCCAAAUAUAACAAGGAAAGACUAUCAGGUAAUUGAUGUGGCUGAUGGUUUCUUGGCUCUGAUGGAUGACAACGGAGAAACCAGAGAGGACCUUAAAUUGCCAGACAAUGACCUGGGAAAAGAGAUUGAGAGGAGGUUCACUAAUGGGGACCAGUUUAUGGUCUCUGUGUUAAAAGCUAUAGAUGAAGAGCAUGUAGUGGGCACUAAGACCAUGACUUCCUAAUAAGUCAAGGACAACGCUGUAGACCUCACAAUCCUAUCCUCCAUUAUGGUUUUGGAGCCUCACCAAAGCUACUGGCCUUCGCCCCACACCGCCACCAGAUUUGCUGCUGUCAGCUAAAAUCCAGAAACUGGACGUGGUCAGCUUCUUCUCUAUCUAAAGCUCAGACGUGACUGGCAUUCUCUCUAAACAGUCAUCUUCCCCUUGCCAUCACAGCAUAACUUUGCAGUGGGUGCUGAUAUUAUUCCAGUAUUUCCUACAAAUAUUUCAGCACUCCAUAACAUUCCUGUUUGAGUACACGUUAUGUGUAUUUGCUUUUAAAUUACGUUUUAUUUUUAAAAAAGUUAAACAUUUUCAGAUGCCUGUAAACAUGCUGUAUGUUUACAGGGUAGAUGCUGUACCUGAUUUAUUCUCUUUGAUGUUUCCCGUAAAAUAAUUCAAAUUCAGGUGGCUGAUAUUUGCUCCAGCUAUAAUCAUUGCACAGUUAAGAGACCCUAAAGCAUUAACGUUAUUAGUAGCUUGACUAUAUCUGCCUGCCUUUACAAGUGACGCACAGUCAUCUGCAUGCGCAUUCAUGACUAGUAUACUCAUGCCUUAGCAGCUAUGAAUUUAUGUAAAUGAGAAUUUUACUUACUCAUGGCAGGAUUUCUACAGCUCAUAGCCAGGACUCAAGAUGGACCUUUUUUUUUUUUUUUUUUUUUGCAGUCUCAGCUGUUAUGAAGCUGAACAGGCCAUAAUGGGGUGGUUGGGUGGGGCCAUAUUCUCCUCUAUGCUAUAAAACUUUCCUUUCACUUGAGGCCUUUACAAGCUGUCAGAUGUAUAGAAACUGAUUUUAAAAGAACAAAACACUUAAACAUGUGCUAUUUAGUCUUAAACUCUUUUUAUUUUAAUUGCAACAGUUUAGUCUGUAUUGACAAGUACGUUUCGCAUUCUCAGAAUGCUACUGAUAUCAUUUUUCUUUUUUUUUUUUUUUUUUUUUUUUUUUGGCAGAAAUUGUCAAAAUAUUGUAUGAUGUAGCAAAAUCUGUGGAGGUUAUACUUUGAGUUAUCCAAUUCUUGUUGUGACAUUCAUGACGAGCAGAAAUUAGAAAAGUGGGAAAAUGAUAGUUACAGAGUAGUUGAGUAAGCAGGUCUAUUUUCUAGUCUAAAACUCCUCACAAGGAGUUUUAUUACAUAUUGCUUAGGUUAAUUACUUCUCCAUUCACAAACUGUUCCUAGGAGACAUCAGGUAAUGGCAGGAAAUCAGAAUGUGUUUACAUGCACUGCAUCAAUGUUGCUGGAGAACCUGCAUUUAUAUGCUGGUAUUGUUGGUUUUCUCCCCUACCUCCUAAUGGAAAAUUAAAACUGAAUGUAGUGUUUUGAGAGUAUUAGCAUUGCUAACUAAAUUUAAAGCAUUGCAGUCAGUUUUUUCUUUUUUCUUGUUUUGUUUUUUGAGCUGAGCAUUUGGAUACUGUUUCAAGAGUGUACAAAAACCCUCCUGUUUAGCUUGUGUAAAUGAAUUAAUCAGACUGGUUAGAGGUUUUAGUCUGCCUUUUGGUUACAAGUGUCCACGUGUAUACAUUCUAACACUAGCUAUUCAUUUUUAGUCAUGAAUCUUUGUUGUUGUACAAACCCUGUUCAAACCUCAGUUAAGCAAAUGCAUUUAAAACUGUAGCUUUCUGUAGCCGAAGUCCCCCAGUCCCUUACACCAUGUAUAGAAAAUGUUUACAUGAUGGUUAUGACGUUAGGUCAUUGCUAAAAAUCUACAACAACCAGACUUCUUACAUUUAUGUGAACACAGGUUGUAAUAAACAUUGGAAGAUAUUCUUUUUCCUUUGCACAACAACAGCUGCUCUGUAAUGUUAUUAUUUUAUUAUUGUUUUGUGUUUUUGUUGCUUGGACUUGAAUCCAAGCUUAAUAUUUCUUUACAUCUGUCAGGACACUAAAGCAGCAAAUUGUGUGUUUUGUAAUAAUUGUAUUCAUACUGUACCUAUUCAGUGUGCAACCUGGUCUUCUAAAAACCUUUGUUCCCUUACAGCUAAACUGCAAUGGACAACUUAAAAUUUCUCCAACAGGACACUGUGCAGUUUUGCAAGAUGUUAAAAGUUGGCAUAAGGAGUUAGGCUGGCAAGCGGGAAAAUUAUAUCCAGGAGUUAGUCAGUGAAACCAAGGUCUUUCCACUUAGUUACCUAUUAAGAUUUGUUGUUAUUCAGUGGUUGGUUGUAGGUGCAAAUAUUACUUGGUUUUGUUUACAAAAAAGAGAUGUUUUGCUUUACAACUGAUUUUGAUUGAUGGUCUGAAAAUGAAAAGAUAUUAUUUUCAAAGGCUUUACAAAAUGCAACUGCAAAUUAAUUUUACUUGUAUGGGAACAUAAUUUCAGGAGCCAAAACCAUAUUGUGUGAUGCUUUGGCAGAGUUUUAUGCCAGAUUCCCUUUCUGACACAACCCCAAAGGGAUUUGUCUCUCCUCGUGGAGCUUUGGCAUUAUAACAGUGGCUUCCAACUACUUUUUUUUUUUUUUGUGUGUGUGAUCUGAAACAAAGUAACAGCAGUACCCUGGAAUGCAAAAAGCAAAGGCUACUGCCUUAAGACCUUACUAAAUAGACUAAUGGUACAUUUCAUAGUGAGAAGUAACUACUUCGUGGAGGUGAAAGAACUAGCAGAUGAAAGCUCAAAAAGCAGGGGGAGCCUGUGCAAUGAAGUUAUUAGGCAGACUUUGACAAACAAGGGCACAUGCUCAACAGCUUGAAGCCCCUGCUUGCCUUCUCAAGCACACAAAUCUUCUCACAGCUAAAGCCUGCAGAACCUUAACCUGAUUUUUACUCUACUUUAAAAGCAAUAAACUAAAAAAAAUGUGGUGAAAAUGUAACCUGUCCAUUACAAACCACAGUAAACAUUCUUUUGCAGAAAUAAAACUAUAAAUGUUAAACUAGAAUACACCGUAGUAUCGUGCUGCUUCUUUUUUCUUUUCAUUUUUUGGGGGGUUAAAUUGUCAUUGCACGUAUGAAGAGAUGGCUACACUGCAAUCAUGGCCCAAAGAGAAGAUGUGCAUUCCUUAAGCCCCUCUGUUACAUUUGUUUCUAAAGUUGAACCCAGGAUAAUGGACUCCAAACAUCCUACAGCUGAUGAGCUACACAAAUUGGUAUUUCACAUCAUGCCAUUUAUCCUCUGUUUAGCAGUCUUGGAUGUGUCUCUCACAGAGACUUAGGUAGCAGGAUUAAUCCGAUUCUGUUCAAGGAAAUGUUUACGCUGUAUAUGAGAUGGCCCUGUGCUGUGCUUGUAAAUGAGCACUGAUAAGACUGUGUCAUCAGUGAGGAUAAUAAAUGACUUUAAUUAGCA